AUGAUCCCCACAGCCGACGUGCUCAUCAUCGGCGGCGGUCCCGCCGGCCUCGCCACGGCCCUGGCGUUAUCCCGCAAGCUACAUUCGGUACUGCUGUUCGACAGUCAGGAAUAUCGCAACCGCCAGACAUCCCACAUGCACAAUGUCCUUGGAUUCGAUCAUGUGGAACCUGCACGUUUCCGCGCCGCCAUCCACGACACCCUCCUGCAUCGAUACACCACCAAUACCAUCAUCAACAAGGAGAUCCGCCAAGCGCGCAAGCUAUCCCCCGACAACAUAGGAACCCGCUUCGAGGUCACCGAUGAAGAUGGAAAUGUAUAUCAGGGCUCAAAACUUGUUCUCGCCACGGGAAUCCGCGACAUCAUGCCAACUCUUGAGGGAUACAGUGAGAACUGGGGCCAGCUCAUCUUCCACUGCCUUUUCUGCCAUGGGUAUGAAGAGCGUGGCGCACCAAAUGCAGGCCUACUUGUAGCAUUGAGCUCACAACUACAGGCGAAUCCCUCCGUGGGCCUGAUCCUUGGGCGGAUGGUCAGUCGGUUCGCCGAAAAAGUAACCUUGUUUACCCACGGCAAUGAAGAGACUACGGUCGCUCUACAAGAAGCGGGCGCAGAGGCGCAAGGAUUCACUAUUGAAUCUCGCCCGAUUCGCUCGUUCGAACGAGUUAUUUCGGCUGCUGAGGAUUCGCGAGAUAUCCUGCGGGUCUGGCUGGGACAGCCAGACGGAAAGGAGAAUCCUAGCGACUAUGUAGAGAUGGGGUUUCUCAUGCAUAUGCCGGAUACAGUCGUGACAAAUGAUUGGAGCAGCCAGCUGGGGCUGGAGCUGGAUGAAAGUGGGAUUUACAAGCAGAAGGAUGUCACGAUGGAGACCACGGUGCCGGGGGUGUUUGUGGCGGGGGAUCAUGCCUCCGUGGCGAAGGAUGUUCCCAAUGCUGCUAGCAAUGCCACGUUUGUGGCUUCGGCGGUUGCGGUGCAGUUGACGGUCGAGCAUUCUCAGGGAAAGUAG